GGUCCCCCCCCAACCCACCCCAGCAUGCCCGUUGAAACUCUGCAGGCAGGCGGGAUGGUCAGACAAGUGUCAUCGGGGAUUCCUUUCACCUCAGCCAUGCCCUUCCGCAUCCUCCACAAGGGGCCCGAGUACUUCCGCCGGCAGCUGGAGCCCAGCUCCAAGAAGCCCAGCGCGGUGGAGCGGCUGGAGGCCGACAAGGCCAAGUACGUCAAGAGCCAGCAGGUCGCCAGCACCCGGCAGGAGCCUGUCAAGCCGCCCCUGAUCAAGAAGCCGCUGAUGUCCCCGGGGGCGCUGCGCGCCAUGAGCACCCCGACGCGGCGGCCGCCCCUGGCCCUGCGCAGGGCAGAGGCGUGUAACCGGAGGGGGGCCCUGAACCUCGAGAUCCUCAACAACCUGAUCAACGUCUGCGACGGCCCCCUGUCGGCCUCCAGGCCGCCCGCGGAGAGCGGCGGCGGCCCCCCGCCCAGGGCCCUGCCGGGGCCGCCCUCGCCGGCCUGCACCCACCUCUCCUCGGCCAGCUCGCGCGGCUCCCGCAAGCAGCCCGCGCUGCACCGCUCCAAGUCGGACCUGAGCGACCGCUACUCGCGCGCCACGGCCGACCUGGAGCGCUUCUUCAACUACUGCGGCCUGGACCCCGAGGAGAUCGAGAGCAUCGGCGUGGAGCGCUUCGCCCGCGCCAGCUCCGACAUCGUGUCCGUGUCCAAGCUGCACAGCGUCAGCACGCCCAGCUCGGAGUGCGGGCGCUCCCAGCGCAGCCGGCCCGCGGACGAGGCGCCUGGCGAGCGCGUGCCCUACGGCGUCUCCGUCAUCGAGAGGAACGCGCGCGUCAUCAAGUGGCUGUACGGCCUGCGGCAGGCCAGGGAGGCCCAGAGGGUGUCCAACGUGUAGCCAGCCUCCAGCCGGGACCAGAAGGACCUUCUCCUUAUUUAUUACGACUCGGGACUGCUUUCUGUGUUGUAUUUCUGUGCGUCUCAAAGGAAGCUUCGUUUGCUCCCAGCUCUCCGUCCCCCAGGUUAAGACGCCUUCCUGUGGGACGCUCUGGGGGGCUGAGCCGGGCAGAGGAAGGGUUAAGCUGAACACUGACUGGGAAAAUGAAAGCUUUGCUACUAUUUACAAGAGACAUGUGGCUGUGGAGGCCAGAGUCUGAAAUAUUUACCUUUCAGUGGGACUGAGCUGCACCGUGACCCCGGUGUGUUUUGAGAGGGCAUUUGAAAUGCGUGUCUUUUUUUUUUUCUUGUCGAGGCUGAUAAGUACGUUGCAUUGUGUGCCUAACUGUGGUAACCUUUUUCGAAGCAAAAAAAAAGAGAAAGCACAGUACAAAGAACUUAUCUCCAGAUAAGAGCACAACGUUAAAGAAAUUGAGAACUGUAACUAAUGUAUACCGAGGGCCAGACGUGGUCUUUCAGCUAGUACAAAAACUGGUUUAAUGUGAAUAGUUUUAAUCAGCUUUAACAAAACCCAGGUCGUGCUCACAUCGGGAACCUGAUUUCUGUUGCAGUCAGUAUGCAGUCCUUGUGUGCACUCACACAUGUCCUUGCGCAGUAUUCAGUUAACACCAGGAUCAAAAUGACCGUUUGUGUGAUGGUGGCACACGUUCUUGACUUUGAGAACUUAUUUCAUUUUAUUGAUGGGGAUAUCCAUGGGGUGGCAUAGACACUGAGCUUUUCUCUUCCAUCUUGAGUUCAUUUCUCAAAGGACGGCGAAGCCUGUAGAUGUGAGUUUUGUUGGCGGUGAACAGGUGGCCAGUGUAAGUUCGCAGGGGGUGGGUAAGUGUAAGUGUGGGAUGUCAGGCAGCGAGUCAUUGAGAUACAGUCUGGAUGAGUUAAACUGACAGGAGAACAGAUAUUGCCUCACUUUCCCAGUGGGCAGGGUAGGAAAAUCAGACGGCGAGGGUCAGAUGGAUCGAAGAAAGACAAUGGAAAGAGAAACGCAUGAAAGAUAGGAAGACAGAAUUGUGCAAGAGAGGCUGGCGUUUAUAAAAGGGAAGGAUAACGUAUUUGAAAUGUUUUUUUAGGCAAAGCGUUACACAUUUCUAUUUAUUGUGAAUCACAUGUAAAUAUGUAAUUAUUGCUUUUUUUAAAACUUGUGUUAAUUUAAAAGUUGAGUUAUUUUUUCUUUCAUGUGCAGCACAUAUAACUCUCUAGAUCUGUAGUCUCACUAAUUCAGCAGACUGUUAAAGUAAGCAGCAUUUCUCAUUUGUUCUUGUACUCUUCACCUGCAAGUGCACAGUAGCUGAGCAAGUUGAUCCGUCUCCUCUCACUCGCUGACUCCGGACCACAGGCAUCAAUUUAUUAUUUUCGAAAAAGGCUCAGCUGAUUCAUCCCAUGGAAGGCUUCAUGUGUGGCAUUGUUCUCCAAUCCUCAGUUCUGUUUCAUUGGAAAACCAGAAUGUACGCAAUUUUGCUGUUGAUUUUUAUCUGCUAAAAGACCGCAUGUUACAGCACAUCUGCAACUGUUUAACAUCUCAUUAAAGAAAAAAACGUUCUUGGAAAAA